AUGCCUCUCAAGCUAAGAUCUAUAGCUGCUCUCAUGCUUCUCACUGGUAUCCUAUAUGUAACAAUGGAAUCAAUGGAAACAAAAAUAAGAGAUGAGAUUCAUUCCGGGAAAUACGGGGUUCUUCAUUGGCUUUAUACCGGUCUAUCAUUUGCAGGAGGAGCCACAUGUGGUUAUAUUAUCACUCUUACCCCGAUCUGGAAUAUUUUACAGGGAUGGUUCUUCUACCUGCCGGAAGAUGACGAACAUAUUGAUUCUACACUCGAUAUCAAUCCAAGAGGCAAGAUGCGGGAUCGUUCAGGAGCCAAAAAGGACCAGCUGAAAGUAGAUCAGUCAAGCCUUUGUGUUAUUGAGGGAGCAAGAAAGAUAAAAAGUCAAGGGGAACCGAUGGCGAGCUCCUCGUAA